CGAUGAUCAGUCGGCAAAAUGACAUUUUGAAGUAUCUUAUGUCGGAAUGCAGAUUGGCUUUGGUAUUGACAUCUUGAACAAAGUCCAACAUUUUGUUUUGUUGAUGUUGGAGCUAAAGUUUCCAGUCCUGAUAUUCUUUCACCAGACUUUUAGUCCCAGAACCCAAAUCAGGCAGAUUUGAAAACCCAUUAACCUUAAAGAUCGAUUCAUUCUUUUUAUCUAGAUUAAGUAAACCAUCAAGCAGUUCAUAUUUCCAUAGCAUGGCUGAUUUUUUCGAGUUUCAGGAAGUACAAGAAUGGCAUGAUGUAGAAUCUUUCUGGGAAGACAUUGAUUAUGUUGCCCAGCCAGAGGAAGUGGAGCAGUGCAGCAGUAAUAGUAGUUGUAGUAUUCCUCCGUUGAAAUCGGCGGAAAUCCUCAAGAACUAUGGCUCCAAACUGAAACGUUUGAGGGAUGAAAGCUCCAUCUCAAAUCAGAAAACAAUAAUAAGCUGCCUUGAAGCUAUGAGAUUGGCAAAAAAGACUUGGAAAUCGCACUACUAAUUCAGGCUGCGGCUGAAAAGAUCAGCAAUGGACAAAUGGUUGUUGCAAAGAAGCUGAUCAACGUCUGUUUUCGCACGGCUUCUGUAACCGGCACUCCUGUUCAGAGAAUUGUGUACUAUUUUGCAGAAGCUUUUCAAGAUAGGAUCGAUCAAGAAUGGGGGAUAAUGUCAUCAUCAGAGUUUCUAGCAGAGAAAACUUGGGAGAAAAGUGAUGCAGAUUACUUGGACAGAGUUUUAGUGAACCCCGAAAGAACAGCUACUCAACAUGAACAACCAUACUGUUUAGUUACUCAAUUUGCAGCAACAGAAUCGAUUUUGGAAAAUGUGGCCUCUCACAGAAGGGUUCAUCUGAUUGAUUUUUCUCUUGAAAAUGGAUCACAAUGGAUACUGAUAAUGCAAGCUUUGGCUGCGAGAACAGAAUUUCCCCUGCAACUUCUCAAGAUAACUGCUGUUGGAACCUGUAAACCUGUGAUGGAAAAGACUGGUAAGUGGUUAGCAUCCUUUGCAGAGACCAUCCAUCUACCUUUUUCAUUUAAUGUAGUUGUCUCAGAUCUUAAGAGCCUCAGCCGAGAUCUCUUCGCGAUAGAGGAUGAUGAAGCGGUGGCUAUUUAUUCUAUGUUUCGCCUGUGGACAUUUUUACCGUGGCCUAAUCACUUAAGAGCAUUUCUAGGAGUCAUCAAAAGCCUUAAGCCUUGUGUGAUGCUGACCAGGGAGUUGGAAGUUAGUACUGCUUCGCCGGAAUUCUUGAAGCGUUUUGAUGAACUGCUCUUCUUUUCGGGCGCCAUGUUUGACUGCUUGAAUGCGUGCUGCGAACAACACGUUGAAUACAGAAAACAGACUGAAGCUUCGUUUAGAGAGAUGAUUCACAACACCCUUACAGCCGAAGGCGCCGAGAGGUAUCAGAGGCAGGAAAAGAUCGCUUUCUGGAGGACGCUUUUCGCAAGUUUCGGUAUUGUGGAAUCUGAUUUGAGCAGAUUAGCUUUAUGUCAAGGAAACUUGCUGCUGAAAAGAUCUGAUAGGUAUGCAUCUUGUUCUCUUGCCAUGGAUGGGAAGUGCCUCAUUAUGGGUUGGAAUGGAACACCACUCGAGUCACUUUCUGCUUGGAAGUUUCAUUAGGACAGCAAAAAUUUUAGGACAAUCUAGAUUACUG